AUGCAGCGCGCGCUGACCCCUCUCGGCGCGCGGUCGGCGUGCCGGCCCCUUGCCCUGCUGCUGCUGCCGCCCGUGCGCGGCCGCAAGACCCGCCACGACCCGCCCGCCAAGUCCAAGGUCGGGCGCGUGAAGAUGCCGCCCGCGGUGGACCCUGCGGAGUUGUUCGUGCUGACCGAGCGGUACCGGCAGUACCGCCAGACCGUGCGCGCUCUCAGGCUGGAGUUCACGCUCGAGGUGCAGAGGAAGGCUUACGAGGCCAGAGCCGGGGUCGAGGCCGAGCGCAAGGCGCAGGCGGAAGUCGCCGAGCACCGGGAGAUGAUGGCCUGGAACCAUGCGGAGAACCGGCGGCUGCAAGAGCUGCGGAUCGCGAGGCUGCGGCAGGAGGCUCAGGAGCGGGAGCUGUGGCAGGCGGAGGAGCAGGCCCGCCGGACGCGCGAGGAGCAGGCUCGGGUCCAGCAGAAGGAGCAGGAAGUGCUGCUGCUGCAGGAGGAGGCAAAGAAGUUCAUCACCCGGGAGAACCUGGAAGCACGGAUAGAAUCAGCAUUGGACACUCCGAAGGACUACAACUGGGCCAUCACCAGAUCAGGGCAGGUGGUCAGGCCUCAGCAGAAAGGCUCCUAGUGGCCCAGUAAGGACAUGCCUGCCUUGUUUUGGGGGAGUAGUAAUACUGGCCUGAUUGGAAGAAUAGUUGGUGCUUCCUAGGAGGAAGGCCUAGCUUUUUCCAGAGUGGCCCCCACAUUCAGACCCACCUUUUUCUGCCCCACAUACAACUUAGGACAGCAUCAGACCCUAGGGAAUUUCCAUCUCAUGGAGAAUUGGACUGAGCUACAUAUGGCCUGCUGCCUCAUAAAUAAAGUUUUACUGGAACUCA